AUGAGUGUCCAAAUGACUCAAGCACAACCUCCAUAUCCUGAAUUAAAAGGGCACUUGCAAAAAAAAGUCAAGAUUAUGUCAAACAAAGACAGGGAAGUUUCUGGUAUUUUAACAGGAUUUGAUCACUUUAUGAAUCUUACAAUCAGAGAUGCACAAAUCAAAACGCCAUACGACAAAGCACCCGUAUUUUGUAACUCGUGUGUUAUCAGAGGAACUAUGAUUUUAUCAGUAGAAACCUUGAAUUGA